AUGAGUGUACUGCGGGUUGGCCACAGUAGCAUGUGGGCGCAGAGUUUGCCUCGAUUGGCGUGUCUCUCGCAUUGGUCGACGGUGCGAUACUUAUCGACCCCCGCGGGGCCCCGAGUCACACUUAACACGUCGCCCACCGAGUUCAUAUCGAAUGUAAGCGCAGAUCAAAGUUUGAGCACGAAGCAAAAAAUCGCCCAAAAGGCGCGCAGUGCGCUAAGCUGUACAGACGACAAAUCAAACACCCUGCCGAAUAAUGUGCCGUUUAAUGUGAAGCUGGUGGACCAACAAGAUCGGAAGAUCGCCAGGGCGAAGGAAGCGAAAAUCGACAGCACAUCGCGCGCCGGCAUCAGGAAAACAAUUAUCGAUCCAUAUCUGCAGCUUUGCAAACCUCGACUGACUGUCUUGGUCGUCUUGUCAGCAAUCUGCUCGUACGCUCUGUCUCCAUACCCGGCCACUGUAGGUGAGCUGUUAUCACUUACAGCAGGUACAGCGAUGUGCUCGGCGUCGGCAAAUGCGAUAAAUAUGGGUCGAGAGCCGGAAUUCGACCGUAAAAUGGUUCGAACCCAGGCCCGCCCCGUCGUUCGAGGGCUAGUUACACCUAAUCAGGCUUACCGGUUUGCAGCUUCUGUGGGCGUACUAGGUGUCUCCACUUUACUCUUCGGUGUAAACUCCACUGUGGCCGCUCUAGGAGCAUCCAACAUCAUAUUAUAUGGGAUAAUAUACACGGGAUUGAAGCGGAAACACAUCAUAAACACAUGGGCGGGAGCCCUUGUUGGUGCUAUCCCACCUCUCAUGGGAUGGGCAGCCGCGAGCCCGCUUACCCACCCCGGUGGCUGGUGCCUUGCCGGAUUUCUCUACGCGUGGCAAUUCCCACAUUUCAAUACCCUUAGUCAUAAUAUCCGAAACGAAUACAAGGAUGCUGGUUACGUGAUGACGUGCUGGAAAAACCCGAAACUCAAUGCCAGAGUUGCCUUUCGGUAUUCUUUGCUAAUGUUUCCAUUGUGUUUUGGUCUAUCAUAUUUCAAUGUGACCGAUUGGUACUACCAAAUAGACUCUGCCAUAGUAAACACCUGGAUGGCGUUCUGGGCGUUCAAGUUUUGGUGGCAACAAAGACAGAACUACUCGAAAAAAAUAAUGGCGGAUGGAAUCAAAUUCAACAAAGGUUUAGCAUUGGCCAAUGUUUAUGCCAGGAAAGCAUUUUGGGUCAGUGUUUUACAUCUUCCAGCAGUGUUGAUCCUGGCCAUUUUGCACAAGAAAGGACGCUGGGAUUGGCUUUUCAAUGAGAACAACAACCACAACAAAAGGAACUCGUGA